CGAGAAAUUGAAUCGAUAUACAAUUAAGAUGUAUACGGGAUUAUCAAUCAUAUUGCUGUAUUUCUAAAUAAUUCAAACGGCCAGCGUUGCAUGCGACUUAGCUUUUGCUUUCCUGGAAAAUCCGAAGUCAGGCAGUCCGGAAAUUUGAAUAUAUUUUUAUAACGAAGCCCCGAGAAAAAUUUUAUGAAUAUUCAAAUACUUUUUGCUAUUAGGUUGACGCAAAAGAUUCGUCACAUUUGUUAAAUAAACUUGGAAACUUAAUUUUAACAAAAUUAAAAUGUAAAAUUGGUACUGUUUUAUUAUUCUUUGUGUUUAAUUUAUUUAGACAGAACUUUUGUAAUAUCCUUUUUCCAACUGUUUUACGAUACGAAGAUCUAUAAUUCCUUUGAUGGAAAAAUCAGAGAACUUCAGCAUCAGCCCAAUACUUUCUCCGCAAGAAACGCAUCGCUUCUUGGAAAGUCACGUUUAAAAUAAACUUGAGGAUAAUUUUUACAUUCGACAAUAGGUGUGGAAACGAUAUAAAGCACAAUCUGCGUACGCACAGGACGCAUUAAAUAUCUGUCAUUGUAAAUCCCAUCGGUCAUGAUAUACUUUUUCGAGCGCGUUAUACCUGGCAUUUGCGAAUAGGGGCUCCGUACGCGCGAUACUUGCUUCGCGAGAUGUAGUAUUCCUCCAUCGGCCACUAUGCGGGGCGACCAUAUGCAACCGAGCUAUUUUUAUCUCGACGAGCGUCCAAACAUGCGAACGACGCGCAAAUUUAUCGCGAGGACGUGACUGAGGCGGCUGACCGGCGAAAAGUAACACACGUCACGUCCUUUCUUUUCAUCGGUUAUAGUAAUUAGCGAAAGUCGCGUGUUGAGCGCCUCAUCGAGCUUACCUCCGGUUAUUUUUACAACUAUCUCGAGAGACAGCUUAAUUGUCUCCUCUCGCGGCGGAUUGUUUCUCUCUUCUCUCCCGAUUAGCAAUCAGAGCGCGAAGCGACGUUAGCGCGAAUCGUGAUGGCGAUUGAAUGAAAUAAUCGCAUCGAAUUAGACAUCCGCUCGAAGCGAGGCGAUUGUCGGGAGGAGUUGGUAGAAGAUCGCUUCUCCCUAAAGAAAGUCUCUCGUUUGACUCGCGUUUGUGUGAGCGACGACACGUUAGAAUGAUUGUAAAGCCUCUGUGCAGAUUUAAUCUUUUACAAUAUCCGUUCUACAUGUCUUACAAACGGCCUGCGUGCACCUCAGCGUGGAGAAUUACAUUUUUCUCUGUGGGAUUCUUAUCGGAGGAAGCUUCAAAAUUGCGUCUUUAGGAUGAAGAAACAAUAGGAAACGAAUCGAUUACUCAUCGCUUCAGGUAACUGAAGCAUACGUAAAACGCAGCUGUCGCUUGUGCCAUGCGAGCGAGCGCUCUUUCGAAUAAAAAGCCGAGUCCCUCCUCGCGAUUUCUCUGUUCUCGAACGCGCCGCCGCGUGUCGCGGAUCACGCAUCGUUCCCUCUCGCAGCGGAAGCCGGCGUACUUUCCGUAAAUUUCAGGAUUCCCCUUCCCUCCGUUCGGGGCGGAAAUAUCGCGGUGCGUCAACGCGUUCGCACAACGAGAUAACACGGGCUGCGAAUGAAAACAACGCGCCGCCGCGUGGCCGUACUCGCGCGCGUCUUCCAGAAAUUAAAUCGCGAACGCGUACUCGUCGUCGCGGAGGCGACAGUCAGCCAGAUGGUUUUCUCUCGCUAUGAUCUGCCUCGCGCUGCGAAUCGCCGCGCCUACGAAUCGAGUGGCGCGAACAAGUCGCGAGUGCCGCUGAGCGACGUAUCCAACAGCACGUGGACGAGAUGUGGGUGGCACGAACGGCUGCAUGAGAGCUUGCGAGAGACGAGAAAACAUAUCCAGUCCUCCGGGCAGUACCAUAUGUAUAAGAAAAAAGAGUCCAAGAAGAAGACAUCGUCGUCGCUGCAAGCUGACUGCAAAGAAUCGCAGUGUUCCCCACGUCGCGAAGAUAAAGAGUCAGGGAAAGCGUCCAGGAGCAGGAAUCGGUUUCAACACGUCAACGUGUCGGAGGAGCCUUCGUCUCACGAGGUGUUCACCAGCGACACGUCCAGCAAUGACGAUGUCCCGGACGAGAAUCAACAACUACUACUGCCGUUUCUGAGCAACAUACCUGCCUAUCUGGCACCCUCGAUAAGCGAAUACACGCUGUCGCCGAAGGAAUUGUUCGAGCAUGGUUACCCCAUUGAAUCAGUUUUCUGUCCGGGUUACGUGGUGAUAAAGAGUGUACCGUAUCCGUCGGGUCCCAAGAUUGAGAGUGACAGCGGCCAAUACAGCAAUUCCAGCUCGUCCGACAAUUCCGAACAGGAGAGCUCGUCCGAUAACGAGAAGAACUUCUACAAUGGAAACAGUCCCGACAUACAGAAAAAUCAUGAUAAGAACAGCGCCGAAAAUGGGGAAAGGUGCGAUAGCGACAGCAGUUCCGACAACGAGAAGAGUUCGGACGAUAAGAAGAGCUGCGACAGCGAGAGCAGCUCCGACAAUGAGAAAAGCCGGAAGAGCUCUGAAAAUGAAGACAGCUAUGACAGUGGGAGCCAUUCCGGCAGUGAGAACAGCCCAUGCGGCAAGAGGUGUUCCGAACACGAGAAGAGCUGCGACAGGGAGGGCAGUUCAAACAAGGAGAGCUCCGACGACGAGAGCAGUUUUGACAUUGAGAAGAGCCUAGACAGGGACGAAUCUGGCAUAGAUGGCAACACAGGGUUUCUGGAGAGAACAUGCGCCAGAUGCCGAAAGAUCUUCUACACCGAUCAGAACGGCGAGUAUAUGCACGUAGAGCGUUGCGUCUACCACUGUGGCAAGCUGUUUCACCGCGCGAUCGACAACAGCUGGUACCAUACGUGCUGCAACGGGUCUAGAUUUUCGCGCGGCUGCGCCGAAUGGAAUACGCACGUAUGGACCGGCCUAGUCCCCGGAAUCAACGGGCCUUUCGCGGAUUAUGUGCACACCGUGCCGUCCCCGGUGUUCCAACACGACAACAAUUACGGCAUCUACGCGAUGGAUUGUGAGAUGUGCUUCACACUGCAUGGUCUGGAGCUCGCUAGAGUCACCGUCGUUGACUUGUACGGUCAAGUUGUAUACGACACGCUCGUCAAGCCGAGCUCUGAGAUCAUCGACUAUAACACGAAAUUCAGCGGUAUCACGGAGGAACUCAUGCUGAACGUCACCAAGACUCUUUCAGAAGUGCAGCAUGACUUGCUGAAUUUCAUCUACGCCGAAACGAUUCUGAUGGGCCACGGUCUCGGGAACGAUCUCAGGGCGUUACGCAUGAUCCACAAGAACGUCGUCGACACUAGUGUGUUGUACCCGCAUCAUUUCGGUUUGCCGUAUCGAAACGGCCUCAAGAGUAUAGCGCGCAGGGUGCUCAACCGGAGGAUACAGGAAGAGACGCACAACUCCAUCGAGGAUGCCUUUGUCGUGGUGGACCUAGUGUUGCAAAAAGCCCAUGACGAUUGGCAGCGUCUCUUGUCCGGUAGAUAAAAUCGUCGCGUCGAAACAGGACUCGUCUACGUAAGAGAGAACUUACUUGCUAGAAGGAUUCGCGGUGAGAUCAUGAAGCGCGUGCUAUUGAAAAAUUAUUUAUAUGAGAAUUGAGAACGGACCGCGCUUUUUCCUAUAGUGUUCCAAGGGUGAAUUCUGUGAUAUUACACAUAUAGUGCAAUGCGUUCCUUACGUGCGUUCCUGCGUCCGCUUUUGGUGAUAAGGGAUGCGAUUGUAAUCACGCACACAAUACAUAACACAGACGUAACACACAGCGCGGAUGUAAUUGACGAUCAUCAACGGAGAAGUUUUACAACGGACUACAACUUGCGGUCGAACAUUUCUCGAUGACUUGAAAUUUGUACUAUUUUUCACUCUUUGUACUACUUUCCAUACUACUCUAUACUAUUCUACUAUACGCUACUAUUGCUAUGUAUGCUAUAUGCUUUUACCUGACUACUAUCGAUCUGACUUUUUAUCUUAAAACUUUAUCUCGAACUUGCUAAUUUCUAUUUUCGAAUUGAACGACGAUCGAUUAUUGAUUGAGCUCUUUAUAAUUCAGACUAUUAGUUACGUUCGACUACUAUUAAUUAAUCGGAGCAUUAAUUUAAAUUUAUUCAAUUUCAUCACUCCCCGGUAUGCAUUUUUUUGUAUAUGUAUAUUCGUAUGUGUUUUGUAUUGUAUAUACGUAAUUUUCAUAGCGUUUUAUAUAUACUUUGUACAUAUUAUAUCGUCAUUGGAUCGCAUUUUUGUAUUCGCAAAAAUAUGUGUAUUCGUGAAAAUCUACGUAUUUAAGAAGGAUACGUAUGCCUUCAUUAUUUAGUGUAAUGUAUCACUUCACGCAUUCAUCCUAUAUCAUGCCUACGAUCCGUCAUCAAGCAUACGUCAUUCGACAUCAACCUUUUUUUUCCCCGCGGGUAGAACGAGCGACGUCAUUCAUGCUGGUGGGUAAGUGCCUCUCAUUUUGAUUUUCAUUGAUGAUUCGCAUUUAAAUUCCGCUUGAGAUGACACCGUGAGACAACAGAUUACGAGUCAAACGAAAUUACGAUGCCGAUCAUUUUGUUAACGUGGCUCGCCAACUUCAAAAAGUAAAAGAAAAAUACUUGACUCGUAUACUUUAUAACUUAAUUAACUUAAAUUAAUUAGUUUCAUUCUCCGAUUAAAAUUUUCUCGUUUAAUCACACUGGCGAAAAAUUGAUUCAAAUUUAUUAAGAGUCAAAAAGGCUCGUCUAUUGCUUGUCUUUACGAAUUGCAGGUUUUGUGCAAAUAGACGCAGCGGCAUAGAAGGACGCGCAAAAUUAUGCGUGCAUAUCAACUUUAUAUUGUUGUUCAACUUUAUAUUCUUGUUAUCAGCUGCAAGGUUUUCUCUUUAUACGUGCUACCAAGUGCGAUCUUACGGCACAAACAAAGUUGCGAGCCACGUACUGUUAUCAUGCGUAUCGGCACGUGUGUGAUACACGCGUGUAGCUUUAUGUCAGUUUUCGAUGACACUCGGUGAAUCGUCAUAAUUGUAUCGACAUUCGCGCGUAUAAUAAUAGACAUGUACCAAUUAUACUUUCAUAUGAGAAACUGCCAGCGCUUUUAUUGAUAAUCCUCAUCGCAUGUAAUCAUCUCAUUUCACUUCAUAAUCAUAUAAUGGCGGAAUUGUCUUUAUCGAUAACGUAUGUAAUAUUUAAGUGUAAAUGUACCGCACCUACUUAUAAGCAACGCGGAGUUUUGGCCGAUUUUAUAACGAUAGUAUUAUACCUUGUACAAUAUAUAUUUAUAUAUAUUUUUCUAUCCUCGCGUAUCGUAAUUUUGUACAUAAGUAGCAAUUAGCGACGAGUAAAAUUACUUUCAGCGCUUUGUUUCCUCUUUUUUUUUGUGAUUUCAAUAUGAAAACGAGACGGCGGAAUAAAUUUCGUGAAUCUAAAGAGAAACAGCGGCUAGAGAAAAAAAAAUUGAGGUCAGUAAGUUUUACUCAUCGCCAUCAAUUUUAAAGCUUGACGGACAAUUAGUGUAACGUGAUUGAAUGACGAAAAGUGAAGCAAAAAGGUAAAGUUGCGCUUUCGCGCCAACUAAUUAUGAUCUCACUACAGAUUUCGCGCAAAAUCGUGCGUGAUAACGCGCAUUAUGAUUUUACCAGUAAUCCCGAUGUAACCGCAGUUUAAUCAUACAAAUCUUACAAGAAUGUCAAUUUGGUGAAGAUCAGGGAAGUCCCAUUGGACACUCAACCUGGUCAAGUGCAAUUGAUAAUUUUAAUAUCAUAAUAUUCACAAUUCAUAAUAUUAAAAUUAUCAUUUAUAGAAUUUAUAAUAUUUUAACGUUACAAAUUUCAAUAAUUUUUCCAGUGAUGUACAGUGAUAAGUUUUAAAAUAAGAUAAUUUUAAGACUUUUAAAAUCGAAGGCGAAGAGUAUCCCGCAAAAUGUUUACGGGAAGAGUGUCCAACGAAUUUUUUCCCUUUUCAGGAUUAAAGACAUACAUUGUCAUACAAAACGUAAAUAUAUGUUGAUUAUGAAAUAUA